AUGUGGCAUUCGUCAAGAACGACACCGGUGGAGAGCAAUAUUCCAGAGAACGAACAACACAAGUGCGAAGAACAACGUAAUUCGGGCCACACUGAUUCCGGAUUUUUGUCCAGUGGAAAUCUCCAAGUCAGUUCCGAGCUGUGCGACUACGAAUUGAAUGUUGCAACAACCGCACCCGUCGCCCCGGAACCAAUGAGAGCAGACAGUGGCGUGGAUCUUGGUUUAAGCGAAAGCUUGAGCCAGCUUACACUGAAGCAAGUUACAUUGAAUCCUCUGGCAAGUGGCAAAGUUCAGGCUGAACCUACUGUCGAAUUGACUCCAGUAAGCGCUAAGAAACGCGAGCAACACGAUGCUUCGACAUUGCGACAUGUACCGCAUCAAUCCCUUGAAAAACAACUCAAUGAGGAACCUUGGCAGCUCUACUAUACACAAGACGACGAUGGUGACACGCAAUUGCAUAUAGCCAUAGUGCAAGGCUUCCUGGAGGCUGCGUUCAGUUUAAUAAGAAUGGCACCGCAUCUGUGCCUCUUGAAUAUUCUGAACGACGACGGCCAGUCGCCCCUGCACCUGGCUGUACUAACGCGGCAACCAAGGAUCGUUAGGCGGCUAAUUCUGGCAGGUGCAAAUCCGGCACUGAGGAACUUUCGUGGAAACACGGCCCUUCACCUGGCGUGUGCGACCGGCGAUCUUGCUUCGGCAAAGGCACUCACCGAUCCUUUGACGCCUGUCGAGAGGAAUUAUCUUCUUCCUGGAAAGAAAAUACCUGCCCUGCCGCAGAAUCUCGAACAACGGAAUUACGAUGGAGAAAUGUGCUUGCACAUAGCCGCCUCGUCAGGUCAGGUGGAACUCGUACGACUUUUGCUGCGCCUUGGAGCAGAUCUCGAAGCGAGAGAAGCAUUGGCGGGAAAAACGGCCCUACACCUCGCUGUAGAACGUGGGUGUCGGUCAGUGGUUGCGUUCCUCCUUCAAGAGUGCAGGCCUUGCUUAGAUACGCAGACCUAUGCCGGAAUCACCGCAUAUCAGUUAGCUCUGUGCUUCGAUAGUCAACUCGCAAGGGAAUUAGUAAAAUUGGGAGCAACACCGGAACCGCUUCCCGAGUCGGAUUCCGACAGCAGUGACGAGGAUGAAAGCACUGCAGCCAAUUAUUUACCUGCAAUUGCGAGACUUAGGCAAAACGUGGUCGGCGUUAAAGUAUAG